AUGGCUAGGUUAAUUAUGUACAAAGCACUAACAUUGAUGAGUGUGUUGGUUUAUAACAGAAAUAUCGAAUCAGUCAAUAAUGAUGUUUUAAAUUUAGACAGCGAUUCAAGUGAGUUGAUGCUGAUGAGAUUUAACGAAGGAACAGGAGCAUAUAUCGUAUCAUCAUAUCUCACAAAUAUUAGGUCUCGCAUAACAAAAAUAAUGGAUGGCCCUAGUACGAUGUGGGUAUCUGAUCUGGAUGAUGAGACACUAUCUUUGUUGAAAGUAUAUAAGUUAUAUGGAAAGAAUAGAUUGGCAUAUGUGUAUAGUCUAGGUCAUCUGAUUAGACAAACGAGGUAUCUUGUAAGGCAAACGAGGUAUUUUGAAAAAAUAAAUAAUAAUUGGUAUGAGAUUCCAGAAUUUUAUUUUGAUUAUAAGUUAGAAAGACUCAGAAAAGAAAGGAUUUUUGAUUUGAAAAGUGAUAUUGAUUAUGAUACUUUUUAUGUCCAAGAUCUUAGUUUAUAUGGAUUAGAAACUUUAGUUUUUAUUCCAUAUGAUAUUUAUGAUAUUAUAUCGGUUUGUGAUGAUUUUGAUGUAAUUUGGGAAAGAAAUAAUGAUUCGGAUAAAUGUACUUGUAUUAUUGUUCAUGGAGAUUUGCGAAAUUCUCAAUUGAUUCAUCUUCAUCUCAAAAUAAAUAAUACACAUAAACAAAUGUUUAUGAGAAAGUAUGAAGAUGAUUGGAAACAAACCGAUAAAGAACAAUUUUAUCAAUAUUUGAAUCAACUUGAUGAUCAAAUGAUUGUUAACCAAAUGUAUAAUAAUGAUCUAUAA